AUGACGACGCGGUUCACCACGACCAUUGCCGACAUGCAAAGCAAGAUACCAGGCGGAAAUCUGAGCAAGGAUGAAAUAGCUUUGAAAGAGCUUGUUAAAGAAUGCAGCAGCAUCUCAGACGAGCUUCAGAACCUGCUUGCAGAGCUGAAGGCCAAGAAGCCGAAUUCAGAAUCUCUAGAGCGUCUCAACCAGUUGCUAAUAUAUGGCCAGUCUAACGAAGCUGAGAUCACGUCUCUUCGCCGGAACAUAGAUGCCCUUCGCUCUGGGCUACAGGUCAAGUUCCUCAGCCUCGACGCCCUGGAGCAGAUUCGGGAGAUGUUCAGUUUGUCAGACCGUGCGACGUUGAAGGUGCGGGGAAGUUGCAUCCUUAGUGCCUUACGGUUCGACUCGAUGGAUGAGAGAUACGAUAAUGUGGCCAAGGCCCACGAUAAGACGUUCGAGUGGAUAUUCGACUCAUCCAAUAGUGACGACGAUAGUGACGACCCUGAGGACAAUGGUCGUUCGUUUUACAGCCAUCACACCACAUCUUACAAACCAAUGGAAAAUUACGGAGCUCGUGACAACUUCGUUGACUGGAUCGAACACGGCAGCGGCAUCUCCCAUAUCUCUGGAAAGCCAGGCUCAGGAAAGUCGACCUUGAUGAAAUAUUUGUGUCAGCAGGGGGAAACCAAGCAGUAUCUCGAUAUCUGUGCUGCAGACAAGUCGCUUGUAUUUGGUAAAUUCUUCUUUUGGAAUCCCGGCACAACUCUACAGAAGAGCCUGAGGGUCACGUUUGAUUCCUCGGAUGAUAUCAUGCUCGCCUUUACAGAUCUCAUUGGCCGCGACGAGGUGUAUCGCAACCACAAGCUUGUCUUCUUCAUUGACGGCUUGGAUGAGUUUCACGGGCACCAUGCAUCACUAAUAAAGGAACUGCUGCGAUGGACUUUAGCAAGACCUACAGAUGUGAAGAUGUGCGUCUCGAGCCGAGAAUGGCCCAUUUUCGAAGAGGCAUUCAAGAGUUUCCCAAAUUUCCGCUUGCACGAGCUGGCGCGAUCUGACGUGUCACGAAUUGUGCGAGACAGGCUGAAAAAUAACGACACCUACCAGAAAUUGGCAGCUGCUGAUAAAUUAGCACGCUUUGAGUCUAAUCUUGUUGAUAGAUCGGACGGCGUAUUUUUGUGGCUCAAGCUGAUCUUGCAAAACAUUGAGGACGGGCUCCUGAGCGGAGAUAGACUGUCGCAGUUGCAGAACAAGGUCAAAACGCUUCCAACUGAGUUGAAUGACCUAUUCCAGCACCUUCUUAACUCUGUUCAUCCGUGUGAUCGAAAGGAGGCAUACUUGAUCUUGUCAGUCGCGCUUGAGUGCCCUCCCGCUUGGCCCAUCUUCCGCAUCUCCUUUUUGGAAGAGUACAUCGAGAAUCAUGAUUUUGCUCUCAGUCAAAGAUUUGAGCAGCUCAAAGAAGACCAGAUAGUGGACCGGUUGGAGCGAGCCCGGAAGAAGAUCUACGGUAAAUGCAAAGGGCUGCUCGAGAUACAGUUAGUGACGUAUCCCAAAUAUUCGCUGCCGGUCGACCAAACCCUGAGAGAGUCUGUUCAAUUCACGCACAGAUCCAUUAUUGAAUUUCUCGAAAGCGACCAGACUAAGCGAGAAUUUACUAUUGAGUUAAAAGGGCUCGAUAUUUUAGAUGCCCUUUGUCACACGUUCCUGGCGCAUAUCCAAGCUGCCACCAUGGACGAGCACUAUUAUCGAGAUCGUCACGGGGCUUCUAAUUUAGACAAUGAUUUGGCCUUCCCCUGGGGUGAUCUAAUCUACGUGCUUCCUCCUCCAAGCCUAGAUUAUGAUAUCUGCACUCUCUUAGGAGCAUAUGCUGCAAAGAACGACGCCGCAGACUCUUCGAGAUUCACAGAAUUUUUAGAUAACGUAGUCGAGGUAGCCGAGGACCUAUUCUCCACCCCAUCGCAAUUUCAGUUUGUCGACAUCAACUGGAUAAGGGGUGAUUUGAUCCACCACACGAUACAAGCCAGCUUUGCGUGUAAGAUGGGCCUCUUCAGUGCUUCGUACGGCAUAACCGACUAUGCUCUUCAGGAACACUCAAUUGGCAUAGACGGAGUACGAAAACAUAUUACACUGCCCCUGCUGGUACAGGCUGUAUGUCAGGGUGCACUAUCGAGCCAUGCAGAACGAAAUAGUAUCGCUCGAGGGCUUAAAAGGAUCGUGAAUGUCUAA